AAUAAAGACUAACGGAAUAAUACUUUGUGCUUCUAUAAGUUAAUAUAGAUCAAUAAGAGAAGAAAACGGUUUUCCAAAUUUUAAGGCGCGUGUUAACAUGGAAGGAGCACAUGAAAAACUGCUGAAUCUCACUGUUGAAGAAGCAGAGGGAACAGAGUCCUCUGAAAAUGCAAAAACCAGCAGACUUCAAUCAAGUAAAUUCAUACUAUGGCUUCAAAUAUUCAUCUUCACUUUUUUUACUCUUGGUGGUCAAGCAGCUGGCAAUCUGUUGGGCAGAGUAUACUAUGAACAAGGUGGCCAAACCAGAUGGAUUGCUACAUUGGCACAAACUGCUGGAUUCUCAAUUCUCCUGCCUUUCAUUUGCUAUCCUUCACCCAAAAAUCACAAUGAAGAUGAACUAACCACUCACCACCCUUCUAUAUUUGUUCGCGCUUCCGUUUACAUCUUCCUUGGUUUAUUUCAAGUAGUAAACUCUAUGUCAUUUACAGUUGGAGUACAGUACCUUCCUGCCUCUACUUAUUCCCUAAUCUCCGGUUCUCAAUUGGCGUUCAACGCCAUCACCUCCUUCCUCCUCAACGGACAAAAAAUCACUGCAAUUAUACUCAACUCCGUCGUGCUUCUCUCCUUUUCAUCCUCUGCUGUUAUAUUCCAGAAUGAGACUGGUGAUAGCGGAGAAAUAUCUCAGAAAUCUCUGCUGAUCGGGUUUGCAGCUACAACAUUCGGAUCUCUAGGUUACGCUUUACAGUUCUCAUUAACAGAACUCGCAUUCCAAAAGGUAUUUAAAAGUAACACGUUAAAAGAAGUCAUGAAAAUGUCGUUUUUCAUAGGUUUUUUCGUGACGAUAGCUUCGUUAACUGGGCUUUUCGCGAGCGGUAAUUGGAAGGAUUUGGGGAAGGAAAUGGGAGAAUACAGAACAGGGAAAUCGUCAUAUGUUAUAAACUUGGUUUGUUCUGCUGUUGCUUGGCAAUUAUACGCUCUUGGAUCAUUUGGAUUGGUUUUUAAGGCGUCUUCGUUGUUUUCAAAUGUGAUUAUCAAUCUGGGAACUUCAAUUGUGCCAAUUUUUGCAAUGGCGUUCUUGAAGGAUAGAAUGAAUGGAUUGAAGGUGUUUUCAUUGCUAUUGGGAUUAUGGGGAUAUGCAUCAUAUAUAUAUCAACAUUAUCUCGAUGAUUUAGAGGCAAAAAAUAGUGAAAUUAAAGCCUCAGAUAAUCAGGAUGAUGAUUUUUAACAAACCUUUCAUUCAAGAAACUUAUAUAUCUGAAUGAUUUAGCUUCCUUAUUUAGAUUGAGAAGUUAAAUAUGCAAAUUUAUAGCUUAUUGUUUAAUCUGUAAAAUUUUAUGAUUUCUGUGUAAAUUGAACUGCUGUUUAUGUAUUGGAUUUGCUUCUGGCUAUGUAUUUAGGUA